AUGUCUGAGUUGUUUUUGGACAGCUUAAUGCUUAUCACAUACUACUACUCCAUAUGUUUCCUUUUGGAUCCCAAACUCCUAGAAUCCAAAAUUACUGAAAGAUUGAGACUGCUCAUUCUUUGUUCACCAUCUAACCCAACAGGAUCUGUCUACCCUAAAGAAUUACUUGAAGAGAUAGCUCGGAUUGUUGCAAAGCACCCUAGGCUCCUGGUUCUCUCCGAUGAAAUUUAUGAACACAUAAUUUAUGCACCAGCAACUCACAUGAGUUUUGCAUCUUUACCAGGAAUGUGGGACAGAACUCUUACUGUGAAUGGAUUUUCUAAGGCCUUUUCAAUGAUUGGUUGGCGGCUUGGAUAUAUUGCUGGUCCAAAACAUUUUGUUGCAGCAUGUGGAAAGAUCCAAAGUCAGGUAUGCUACAUUUUUUAUUGGCCACUUUCGUAAGCCUUACCCUAUACAAGUAUACAUCAUACAUUUUUUUAUUUCCUUUUGCUACAUCCUCCAUGACAUCUUACAUAUUCUUAGGUUUAACAGAUUCAACAUUUGAGAGGAAACUUAAAGAAAUUUUCAAGCCUUCAUUUGGAAUUAGUUGGACUAUUGCUGCUAGUUAAUAUUAUAUGUA